CCUCUGAAUCACUCUAUCUUCCAUUCCUUCUUCUUCUUAUUCUUCUUCUUAUUUCUCUGAACCAAAAUGCAGCAGCGAUCUUCAGGUUCAAGCUCGCGCGGUCCCGGCGACGAGCACAGAGCCAUCAACGUCGGUGCGGACCAGCUGCAACACACGAAGCGGAGAAGGAGCUUCGACGACGACUCGCGCGACGGCCUUCCGAUUUACCACCGGAGCGCCACCGCAAGGAGGGACACUUCCCGGUCGCGCUCGCCGGCGGCGGAGAAAUGCAUUCACGUAAUCCCUGUCAUUGUGGUGCUCUGCUUCUUCACUCUCUGGUGGUUCUCUUUUCCAGUGGAUGUGGAGGUUAAGGACGGUAGGAUUACAGCGAUACGACAGAUUCGUGCACCACUUCCUAACGAUACUCGAAUUGAUCUUACCGUACUAGCAGUUGCUGCGUCAUCGCCGAUUCCUGCGAAUCCUCAAAAUCUCUCAGGUGAUGACGAAAACUAUUUGCAACCUGUGAGUUCGCCUAAUUGAAUGAACAUUUUUCUUCUUGUGUGAGAAUAAAAUGGAAGAGGCUGAAGGAUUGAAGAAAUUUUAGGUCAUUACGCGACGUAGAAUAGAACUAUAAUCUGAAUCUGUGAUUUAGGAUCUCCUUCGUUAGAAGAAUAACGAACUUUGAAAUGUUGGUACCACACUUUGUUAUGCUUUUUCUAACAUACAAAUUCACGUGGGAUUCAAAUGUCUCAUGAAUUUCAUUCAAUAGUAAGAUUGUGUUGUCGGUUUAUAUUCCUGUGGUGAAUUUCAUACAUACAAUGCAUUCCUAGACGGAUAAGGAUUGGCUUAUAUGUUUAGUUGAGUUUGUAUAGGAAGGGGAGGGUAGUAGAAGAUGACAACUGUAGCUUGUGAUAUUGUGAUCAAUCACAGUGGUUUCUGU